AUGACUACCGAAGAAAAUGUCCAUGAACGUAAUAUUGAAUCUAUAUCAUUGACUGAUGCAGAGCUUGUUGAAAUAAGGGGUACGUUAUUAAAAUCGCGGCAGCGGACCUUUGAAGGGGCAUAUUGGAGAACAUGUCUAUCAUCUUUUGGAUUUGCGCUUGUGAUUCUCCGCAUAUUUGAUAAAUCAUUUUAUGGCGUUGGAUUGGUCUUUAUAGCAUUUGGAGGUGGGAUGCUAUGUAUUUCCGCCUUAAGAAGGCGAUAUAAUUUAGACGUCUUUGAUAAUAGUAAACCAUUUGUCACGAGCGGAGGAUAUGUUGUACUAUCUGGAGGUGUAGCUCUUAUUACAUACUUGUCUUUAUUAAUAAUGAUUUUAAGGAUGGAUUAUUUAUAA